AAGAAGAGUGUCAGUGUGAGUGCAGUGUGGAGAAGUGGCGGACUCUCUUAUUCACAGGGUAAAGAUGCAGACUCCAGCCGACUCCCUCCUCCACAGCGGGUAUUUCCACCCGACGCUCCGCUUCUGGCAGACCUGCAGCUCUGACCUGAGACCUGACAACCUCAUCUACCCCAUCUUCAUCACAGACGCUGCAGAUGCUGUGGAGCCCAUCGGCAGCCUGCCGGGACAGGCCAGGUACGGGGUGAACACGGUGGAGGCGAUGCUGCGUCCGCUGGUGGAGAACGGUCUGAAGUGUGUUCUGAUAUUUGGAGUUCCUGCAAAUGUAGAAAAGGAUGAACGAGGCUCAGCAGCCGACUCAGACGACACUCCGGCCGUUCUGGCGGUGAAGAAGAUCCGCUCGUUGUUCCCGGAGCUGCUGGUGGCCUGUGACGUCUGCUUGUGUCCCUACACGUCACACGGACACUGUGGGAUCCUGAACGAUGACGGGACUCUGAACAACGACCUCAGCUGUCUGCGGCUGGCUGAAGUGGCUCUGGCCUACGCUAGAGCUGGUUGUCACAUCAUCGCUCCUUCUGACAUGAUGGACGGACGAGUCAGAGCCAUAAAACAAUCUCUGAUCUCUAACGGACUGGGGAACAAGGUGUCAGUGUUGAGCUACAGUGCAAAGUUUGCCUCUUGUUAUUAUGGACCCUUCAGAGACGCUGCUCAGUCUAAACCAGCGUUUGGAGACAGACGCUGCUACCAGCUUCCUCCUGGAGCCAGAGGACUCGCCAUCAGAGCCGUGGAGCGAGAUGUGAGAGAAGGAGCUGACAUGGUGAUGGUGAAACCUGGUCUACCGUAUCUGGACAUCGUCAGAGAAGUCAAGGACAAGUUCCCGUCUCAUCCUCUGGCGGUCUACAACGUGUCGGGGGAGUUCGCCAUGAUGUGGCACGGAGCUCAGGCUGGAGCCUUCCAGCUGCGCAGCGCCGUGAUGGAGGCCAUGACGGCGUUCCGCAGAGCAGGUGCUGACAUCAUCAUCACCUACUACACCCCUCAGCUGCUCAGCUGGCUGAAGGAGUGAAAACAACCAAAGGAUGGACAACAGAGAGCACUAACUAUAGAGAACAGACCUCCUCUCUACUCUAAAGCCUUUAUUUCACUGUUUUAUAUUCAGUUUUGUGAUUAAAAAAUCAAAGAUCUUUCUGCAGCUAGCUGAGUUUCUUCCUGUAUCAAGUUCUGUUUCUGUGGAAGCUUUAAGGGCUAAAAUGUAGGAAAAAAUACUUUUUUCGUCAUCUUUUAAGGCAACUCAUGACCAACAAAUUGAUAUAUAAUUUUCAUCUUUUUUUUAAUAAAUAUACAAAAUUAGGCCUCAUUUCAAGAGAAAAAAAAACAAUAAAACCAGAAUAUUUUUUUCAAUAGUUAUAGUGAAAUAACAAUUUCUUGAUGGGAAUGAAGGCUAUGUCAACUUUUAGUUGCAUUACUAUGAAGGUUUACCUUUAUUAAUGGUAUAAUGAAAAUUAUUUGGAUUACAUUUGGACUACAGGAGGGUUAGGGAGUAUUUUUCCCUGUUUUUCGGAGUAAUUUUUCCCCUUUCAGGUUGGAUGUUCUUGCGGGAUUUCGAAGUAUCUUGAUAAUUCAGGAAAAAACACAUAUUCAACAUUAAUUAGCUACUUAUUAACACGCAAAUAAGGAACAAAUUGGCUCUUAAUGAGUCAUUAUUAAGUAGUUAUUAAUGCAACCAGAGACAUUUACUAAGAGUUUUCCUUCGUGCAUGCUAAUAAUAAGCAACUACGUAAUGAAUAAUAUGUGUUCCAUAAUAUAAAGUGUUACCAGACCACUAACUAUGGAGAACAGACCACCUCUCUACUCUUUUAAGGCCUUUAUUUUCCUUUUUUCUAUUCAGUUUUGUGCUAAAAAAAAAAAAAUCAAAGAUCAGUCUGCAGCUAGCUGAGUUUCUUCCUGUAUCAAGUUAGCUUUAAGGGCUAAAAUGGACCUGAAGACUGAGAAUGUAAAAGCUGACUUCCUGUUGGUUUUAUCUGUUAAAUGAAUCAAUCAUCUCUCUCCAUAAUGUGAUUUAUAAAAUGUUUGUUUGUUUGUUUUAUGACUCGUGGGAACAUGAAUGUUUCAUAUCUUUGUCUCUGCUGCCUCGACUUCACCUGCUACUGACCAGAGGAAUAAAGUCAUUCAGCUACA